AUGCCCCUCUUGCUCUACCUCUUGAUCAUCUCCCUCCACGCUGCUUCUCCCGUCUUCUUGAGCCCAUCCUUGUCUGCCCUCAACGGAUCCACGUGUCACGCCCAAAGUCAAAAGUGCACGACAUCCUACGUAUUGGAUCGCUUUGAUACGAACCGACUGAGAUGCUUUGGAAGAGACCUGAAUGGUUUGAGCGGGGAAGAAGAUAUCAAGUGGGCCAAGAUCGCACUUGGUUACCGUCACAUGUGUGGGAUCUUGGCUGAAGACUCCGACUCUGACAGAGGAGUUGCAACAACAUUCACUUGCAGGUUUGUUGGGAGAGGAGAAUGUCCUUGGUUCAAGGCCCAAGUCCCGUCUGAUUACAAGGACGUGAAGUUCAAGAACAUUUGUUCCGGAGCAUACUUCUCUUGUGGAAUAGGAAAGUGGAGGGAGGGAGAGAAUGAGGCGGCGGCAAGGGAAGGAUGGGACUUGUGCGCCAUCGAAGAGGGGAUUGACAGACUCCAUUGCUGGGGAGAUGAAGAUAUCAUGAGGAAAAGUGUUCACCUGAGAGAAAGACGGCUGAGGAAUGUAAGUGUCGGAUACGACCACGCCUGUGCGAUCGAGGUCGAUUCUUCGAUGAAUGUCUGCUGGGGAUCAAAUUCCAAGAUUCUAGAGGAUGAAGAUGGGCAUGUUCAAACGUUUGUGACUGAAAAAUCUCGAAGCUUUCAUAGGAAGAUUGAACAGGUUUCAGCAGGUUGGGAUCAUUCCUGUGCGGUGGAUGCUUACCGGAGGCUGACUUGCUGGGGGGAUGUUGGGGUGGGAGGAAAGGGAAUGCAGCGGGGAGGAGGAGGGGGAGGGGAGCCAGGAGGAGAGUUUCUUGCUGUGAAAGCAAGCACCCACUACUCUUGUGCUGUUCAUGUCAGUGGAACUUUAAUGUGCUGGGGAGAGUCGCUCCCAGGAAUGGAGCAGACCAACUGGGAAAGACUACAAAUGUGCGAUGAAGGCAACACAUUGCAGGUGGCUCAUUUCGGUCCGAUGUUAUCUUCCAUCACUCACAUCGACGGGUCUUGGCUGCUGUUUGUCGACAAGGACGUGAACUUGUUCGAAGAUGAGUUCGUGAUGAUUGAGAACCCGUUGGCAAACUCUUUCCACCUGCAAACACAAGGGAAGCUGCAAGUAGAUGUUGUCGUCGCUCGUAUUCCGAAGGGAGUCGAGAGUCUGGAUGUGAUGCUAUUUGUGGACGAGAAGCAAGUGACGUCGAAAACAAUUCGACGGCAAGAGCUUGGAGCAGAAACUCCGACUUUGUGCGAUUACAACAAUCAUGAUUGUAUUGAAAGGAGGGAAGAACAUUUGUCGUUUGAGGUCAACAAUCUGAGUGAAGGAUUCCAUCUUGUUGAAGCUGCUGCCUUGAUUGACGGCUCAGCAGCUAUCAGUCAUAAAAUCCCCUUCACCCUGCUCUUGCCGGCAAGGAGCACUCAGGAUAAUCCGCCGUCGUAUCUCAUACCUCAAGUCGCCGUGGUCGGCACUAACGGAUCUGUCAUUCUCAACAACAUCAACGCCAAGGAGCUUGUCUUCUUCUCCUCCUACAGCAAACAUCACUUGACGGAUGUUUCUUGGCCUUCUAAGCUCUGGCCUAUCGCAACAAUUUCAACGCUUGAGCAGCGCAACACCUUCCGUCUCAAUCGAGUCUUGGAUGCAGAAGUAAGGGAUACGUAA